AUAACGAUCGGAGUAUGUUUGUUCUUGGCGUGUCUUGAGCGUAUAAAAGCAAUGAUUUACUCCUUUAAGUUUGCUGCUUUCUUGAUCGCAUUUGCACAGAUAUCAUGUGUUUCGUCUUUUGUGCGAGAAGGACAUCUUGAUCUGGACGGUUACAAUUUUGCUUUCCUUGCAAGCUUCUGUGGCAACUACACCGGACCAGCUGUUCAGUAUAAUUUUUCAUAUCCCAAGAUAAAUUGUUGUAUCAGCUUUUUGAGUUACUUUGAGGACCAAUGGUGGAAAAUAUGGCCACGACCUGAACUGGAUUGCAACGAGAAAGUAAACAGUUUGAACCCGAAUGGAAGUCAGGUUGUUAAUCUGACCACAAACAACUCUCGCGCAGGUUGUCAUCUUGUCCCGUCUGAAACUAAUUCCCUGGUUAUGUCUUGUAGAGGUUAUCUGAUGUAUGAAGUAAGCACUGAAGAACCCUCAACGCGGAAGUGUUGGUAUCUAGCAGUUUCUAACUGUUAUUCUGCCAAAAAGGAAUUGAAGCUGGAUUAUUCUCUCAAUAUAACUGGAGCGGCACCAAACAAGGCAACAGCCACGUUUCACCGCCUAAGCUUGUUGUGUGGCCUGCUUUUAAACUGUUUUUUGACCAUGUGGGUGUCUUGGACAUCAACCGCUCACUGACGGACAUUUUGUCGCAGAAACGGGGAUGUAGUCUUCUUGUGGUUUCAAUUGCAUUGUUAAAUUUGACAAAAAUGUAAUAAAUGCCUCUCUUUUCUGUAA